CUCAACUGUUCUCACCGAGUUCCGAAAUGAUGACAGAAUGGCCGAAGCGCAAACUGACGAUGAGUUGCAGUCUAGUCAACCGGACGACGACGUGCGGGCAAGGUCCGGCCAGAAAAGUAAGCCACAUUCACCUCUGAGACGUGGUUUUAGUCGCAUGUCGAAGUGGGUGCAAGUUGCUCGAAGAGCACUUGUCAAUUCUAGAGAGGGCUCCAUGGGGCACGGAAGUUCUCUCUCUUCCAUAAAGCGCCAGGAAGCUCAAGAACAAGUUGAUGAUGAGGAUGAUAUAGAAGUUGAUCGAGAGGACACAAAUUUGCAACAAGAGGUAGAAAAUCUUAAGAGGCUUGUGCAAGAAAAGGAUCAAAUUAUCAGUGACCUACGGAGGGAAGUAGAGCAAAUGAAAGAUGUUUUGAAAUCCACAUCAGCAGUAGGGGGUGGAUGUUGCGCCCCCGACAUUUUAUCUUGCAUCAUGGACAGCAAAGAAAAAGUCACUUCUAAGCGCUACGGUCGUCACAUCCCUCUCACAAAGAAACAAGGAGUCUCGGGUGAAAGUGCAGGAUGUCAAGAUUUCGACGACUUUCAAGUCCAAAAACAUGAAAAAGAUUUUAGGUCGAAACAACUAAUUAAAGAAGCUAUAAUGGAUAAUGAUUUCCUAAAGAACUUAGACAGUUCGCAAGUUAGAGAAAUCGUGGAUUGUAUGUACUGCCAAUAUUUCACGAAAGGAACAUUGGUGAUCAGAGAAGGAGACGUUGGAAGUCAUCUUUAUGUGUCUGCGGAGGGUGAGCUACAGGUAUUGAAAGAUGACAAAGUUAUAGGAAUCUUAAGACCAGGACGUGCUUUUGGUGAACUUGCUAUUCUUUAUAAUUGCACUCGAACAGCUACAGUUAAAGCCGCUGAGGAUGCAAAGAUUUGGGUUAUGGAUCGAAAAGCAUUUCACACGAUAAUGAUGAAAACAGGAUUACAAAGGCAAGAAGAUAAUAUGAAGUUUUUAAGGAGUGUUCCGCUAUUGAAAAAUUUGAAAGAUGAAGUUUUAGCAAAGAUGGCAGACGUAUUGGAAGUAGACUUUUUUCCAUCCGGAGAAUACAUAAUACGAGAAGGAGUAACUGGUGACACAUUUUUCAUCAUUAGUAAAGGAAAUGUCAUAGUCACACGGAAGAAACUAGACGUGGAAGAAGAAAUUCGAUCGUUGGGGAAAGGAGAUUACUUUGGCGAAAGAGCUCUUUUAAACUUUCUACAAGAAGUCUUCUUCAAUGGUAUCAUUCCUAAAGCAGGUAAUCAUGAGUUCUUAUCCUCAAUAGGCCCUAUUCCUGAAACUGGUUAA